GCUAAGCGGGCAUACUGUGUGUCCAUCCGGGCUGUCAGCGAGCAGUCCACCCCGGCCAUCAUUGUCACUUUCCUCCCUCCACAACACUUCAUCUUCCUGCCUGCUGCAUUCUCGGCUCGCAGCGCCCACCUCUUUCCCCACCCCCUUACACACACCACAACCUCCUUCCACUGUCUUGUUCCCGAGUUGUCCAGAAAGACAGCCAUUCAAUCAGCUGCUGAGCCUACCGGACUUUUCCCCGCUGCUCUCCCGCCGCACAAGCCCCUGUUUUCUGCCCGGGCAUCCCGUCUCCGGGGGCUUGAUGCCAGACACGGAGGGUCUUCUCCGGGGGAUCGCCUUUGUUUUUGUGCCCCAUCCGUGCGAUCGGCAGCAGUACUAGUUCCAGGAGGCUGCUGCUGCCUGUAUUUAUUAUCCCCGGAGCAGGAGGUGGGUAGAGGAGGAGGAGGUUGUGGUCUUGGCAAGUGCCCUCAGAGGACAGAUCCUGGAGCUGGCAGGAGCCUGGUGGGCUUGUGCUGGACACAGGAGAAGCACAACAUGUUAAACCCGACCAACGGCGACCAGACUCACAUGGUGAACUAUGUAGAGGAUUACUUGGACUCCAUCGAGUCUCUGCCUUUCGACCUGCAAAGAAACGUUUCCCUGAUGCGAGAGAUCGACGCCAAAUACCAAGAGAUCCUGAAAGAGUUGGAUGACUACUAUGAAAAAUACAGACGUGAAUCUGAUGCGAUUCAGAAGCGGCGCCUUUUGCAGUUUAUCCAGAGAGCUCUUAUUCGUAGCCAAGAAUUGGGUGAUGACAAGAUACAGAUAGUUAGCCAGAUGGUGGAACUAGUUGAAAACAGGACACGACAAGUGGACAGUCAUGUGGAACUCUUUGAAACAUGUCAGGAUCUCAAUGACAGUACAAGUAAUAGCAGCAAGAAUGCCCAAGAUAAGUCUAAAAAUGAGGCUCUCUCUCAAACUGAGAAAACCAGCAAUAAGAGAUCUAGAAGGCAGAGGAACAAUGAGAAUCGGGAGAAUGCCACAAUUAAUCACGACCACGAUGACCUUACAUCAGGAACACCCAAAGAAAAGAAGCCAAAAACAUCAAAGAAGAAAAAGAGAUCGAAAGCUAAAGCUGAAAGAGAAGCAUCCCCUGCAGAUCUUCCUAUUGACCCCAAUGAGCCAACCUAUUGCCUUUGUAACCAAGUUUCAUAUGGUGAAAUGAUUGGUUGUGAUAAUGAAGAAUGCCCCAUUGAAUGGUUUCACUUUUCUUGUGUUGGACUCAACCAUAAACCAAAAGGAAAAUGGUACUGCCCUGAAUGUAGAGGAGAAAAUGAAAAAACCAUGGGUAAAGCACUUGAGAAGUCUAAAAAAGAGAGGGCCUACAACAGGUAGUUGAGUAAUAGAUCCUGAGGGAACAAUAAAGCAUUGUAUUUAUUGCCCAGACACACCUUGUGAAGGUGAUGAGGGUGGCAUACUUUUUUUUUUUUUCCUCUACCCAAGUCUAGGGAUAUUCCUGUUAUAGUGACAGCAAUAACAUCACUUUAUCCCAUCUCUACGUCUAAGAACCUACCUAGUGAGCUGAUUUAUUGUUCAUGCCAUGCAUGUCUUCUCAUGUUCUUUAUCUCAGGCCCUCUUUUGGAGUAUAUUGGGGGGGGGGGGGGGUCGGAGAACAUCUUGGUUAUGGUGGAUGUCUAAUGCACUUCUAAAACUCUUAAAAGCACUGUGUCCAUCCACUAGUCUUCUCACAGCCCAUUGUCUCGUUGUUUGGUUAUGUUUUGACCACUACCUUAUGGCAUACAGCUAUGCCAGCUUAUUUUAUAAUAACAGUGUAUAUCCCUAAAGAGUUUGACUUUUGUCAAGAGCCACUGCUUUGUAAUUUAUUUCCGUACACCCCUUGUGUUUGUAGCAGAAAUAUCAGAAAUGGCCCAUGUUCAAAGGCUGCUUUGUUAUUCCAACAAAUAGAAUUUAAGACAAGUAGCUUAUUUUUAAAGAGAUGCAUAACUGCAUUUUACAUGGCAAAUAUUUUUUACUUCUCGACGGAGAACCAGAAACGGCCAUUUUAAAAUGAUUAACUAUGUUUUUUAUUCAACCUAACAGUGGUUUAGUAAUUCACACAGAUCAAGCUUUAUACAGUCACAGGUAUUAGUGAAGCAAUCCUAAUUUGUAUAAAUGUACAUUUUAAGUGACAUUGCACUUGUUGUAUUAUAAUUGGAAAUGUCGCUAAAUGCCGUUGUAUAGCCAAAGCGCAUUUCCUUCUGUAUGUAUGAAGAUUGUACAGCUGUGAUACUUAAAAUAAAUACAGAUCUAUGGAAAGUAA